AUGGAUUAUUCAUUUUCCUUCUUUAAAUCUAAUACCCUUUUCUCAUCUUCCUCGUUUUAUCCCCCAUAUCCUCCCUCCUUUUUCUUCUCAUCUUGUACUUAGUGAAGAACUAACGAGUGUUCAUGUCGCAGACUAAUUCAGAGGUGACUAAUCACUACGGUUCUCUAAAGGAUCACAAAACAGUCCAAGUACAACAACCACUUAAAUUCCUCCUGUAUAGUUGCGAUCACAUCCCGAGAGUAGGUUUAUCAGCUAUAUUCGGUAUCUACCAUCCACUUGGAUGUGCCCCAGACUUGAUGCAACAUCUCUAUGUCAACUCGGCUACUGGCCGUGUUGUAUUAUUGUCUUGUUGCUAGCUAAUAGGUUUGUCCAGUUCAAGAUCAUUGACAAUUGGCAUAGUAGGGCCCGUCUAUUCAAUGACACGGUUUCCCUUUCUCUGUUAAACAUCAUUUUAUAAUAUUCACGUAAGUCAUAUGGUUCUUUGAUAGCAUCUCUACUAGUUAGGCCGUCUAGCUUUAAGGCGGUAGGGGACAUUCUAAUUAGUCCCAUAAAGUUAGGCAUUUAAUUUUCGUUUUCGGAAGUAUAAUGAUUGUCACAAUGAUUCACACGUUCAUCUCUCUCUCUCUCUAUCUAUCUAUCUAUCUAUCUAUCUAUCUAUCUAUCUAUCUAUCUAUCUAUUUAUCUAUAUAUAUAUAUCUAUCUCCCCCCUUCUUUCUCCCUCUCCCUUAUCAUAUUUUUACCAGGUGGGUGGUCAGACUUCGACAUCCAUCACACUGUAUACGGCUGA